AUCACCAUCUGAUCUUCCGUUUCAUUGAGGCGCGUGUUCCCGAAGCUUAAAAUUCAAAUAAAUAAGUAAAACAACGCAGGCUCGUUGGAAAAAUACUUCCGAUCAAGAGGAAAACAGUUGACUACUGUCAAUUAUAAUUUAAAGUGCUUAUAAAUCGUUUAUUCUCGCAUCAUUUUACACCAAGCGCUUCUUCGAAGAAGUUCCGUUAUUCCGCCAUUUUUGCUUCACCGUUCAUUCAAACAAUCUUUGUGGACUGCGCUUUGCUUUCUUUUUCCAAAGCCCUUUGAAAAGUCCGGAAAAUGGAGGAAAUGUCGUGCGUAGUCUGCGGAAACCCAUCCAAGUUGAUGUGCCAAAGGUGCGGGGAGCCGUAUUGCAAGGAAGGAUGCCAGAGGCUGGAUUGGCAGCGGCACAAGCACGUUUGCAUCGUCAUGCCGCCGUUGGUUGCCUACAGGCCUCUUCAGCAGCCGCCGAUUCCCGCCAAGAGUUUAGAGACUGCUGUCUCUAAUGUUUUGCUGGCCGAAACUCCGACUCAAACGCCAGUUGCGAUCCCCAAACCAACUCCAACUCCACUGACCACUCCAGUCGUCCCGAAGGAGCCGCAGCUCUCGCAGAAUUGGCGCGAUCACCUGCUGCCCAAAGGCGAGGAGUUCUUCGAGUGCCGCGUGACCUUCAUGGAGACCGACGGACCCAUCUGGGUGGUGCAUGUGGCCAAUGUGGAGAGCAUGGAGCGCUUGACGGACAACAUGCAGCGCUGCAUGCAGAACCAGAAGCUGAUUCGCAUGCAAAACGUGAGGGAGGACACCCUGGUGGCCAUCCAUGUGGACAAUAAGGUUCACCGCGGUCAGGUCCUGACUGUCAGCGAUCAAAAUGAAGAGGCAGACGUCCGCAUGAUUGACUAUGGUCCGGUGGUGGUCACACCCUUCCGGGACAUCUACUCCGUUGUGCCCAAGAUGGCCGAGUUCAAGGCCUUUGCUUUCCGGGUGAAAUUGCCCACCAACACUGGAGUUCAGGUCAAUAAGAACCUGACCCUCCGUUUGCUGGGAACCAAAACCCACAAUGGCGUGUACCAUGUGCACAUGAAGCCCAAGAUGACCAUACCGUUGAAUCUGCCCAUGGAAAUGCUGCAGUUGAAUCCUGAGGUCAAGGUGAUCCGGGUCUUUGAGAAAAAUGCGGCCAGCAACGAGCCGCAGCUGGCUCUGCUCCAGAUCAACGUGAUGGAUCACGUAAACACUGACUUGAAUGCCAUCUUGGCGGGAAAGCGAGGACAACCAUUCACGGGACCCUUUCCCGAGGAGAAGUGCACCUUCUUUGUGGCUGCCCGCACCAAGGACGGCUAUCGUCGAGCCUUCCUAUUGGAUCACAUUGUGAAGCCUACGCCCACGUUCUUGGUUUACGAAAUGGAUGAGGGACGAGUUUCUGUCACCACCGAGGUGAGCCGCAUUCCCAGCGAGCUACUCGGUCUGCCCAUCCGAGUGUUUGCCGCUCAGCUAAAGGACUCUGUCCCGAAAGAGCUUGAGACCGAUGGCGCAGAUCUCACGGUCAAGUUUAAGUUGGAUAACCCGCCGCCCAAAGAAAAGUUGCGCGCCGCAAACGCAGCCCUGCUGGCCAAGGGCGAGCAAAUUUGCAUGGCUCGACUGAGCACCUUCUUGGGCCAGAUCUCCGAUUUAGGACACAAGUUUUGGCGCGAACCCAUCGAGAAAGAUGCCAGUGUAUUUAUCACUCAUGUCGUCAGCUACAAGGAGGUGUACAUUAGCUCGUCGAAUACCAAGCAGAAUGCUUCGAUCUUCAAGCGUCUGGAGUCGAAGUGCACUCCUAUCCAAGAGUCCAGCGAGAUAUCAGUUGGUUGCAUUGUGCUGGUUGCCUCAAAGACGCUGGGACACUUCCGAGGCGAGGUAUUGAGCAAUGAAAACGGGGUCUAUAAUGUGAUGAACGUUGAUACGGGUGCCACCCAAAUUGUUGAAUUGGAUUCGAUGCGCAGUUCUUGUCGUUUUCUGGAAAAUCUUCCCGUUUGCCUGAUGCGCGUUCAGCUCAAGAACGUAUGCAAAAUUCCGGAUGCAGCUGUGCCAGCAAACAAUGCGGCUAUCCAGAUGUUGCACAAGCUUUGCGCCCAGGAGGAAAGGCUUGAACUGGAAAUGGUAGAUGCGAGUACGUCGACUGUGGACCUGCUCUCCAGCUCUGGGGAUCAGCGCUCCCUGGUGACUCAAAUGCUGCCAUUGAUGUUUACGCCAGUGCAGGAAAAUGCCAAUGCUUCUCCGCCAAAGGCAGCUCUAACUCCGGCACCAUCGCCGGUUGCCACCCCGGAGCAACGUAAGAAGCCAGCACCAGUUCUCCUAGAGGCUGCUAGAGAACUGCCUCCGCUGCCGCCCUCCCCUCCGGAGUCUCCGACUCCCGUCAGGCGAGAGGACUCCAACAAUCAGGGCAGCCAAAAGACAUUCGAACGCUUCUUUUUGAAUGACAUGACCAAGAAUCUGGUUCCCGUGGGGGAAAGGAUCAGCAUCAUCCUCUUAAACGCCGGAGAUAUGACACAAACUGGUUACAUUACCGCCUGUUUCUUCAAGGACGGUAAGGAGGCCGAGGACUUCCAAAAUCUUCUCAACUUGGUAACGAAGCAAGGAGCGUGUGAUCACAACGUGGUGCCUGGUUAUGAGCCGAACGUUGGCGAAAUUUGCUUGGCUCUCUUCAGCGAAGACAAAAACUGGUAUCGUGGAGUUUGCCAGAAAAUUAAGGACAAUAGAGCGAAGAUUUUGUACUGUGAUUUUGGCAACUUUGAAUACGUGGAUGUAAAGAAUCUAAAGCCUAUUCCCCAGGAUCUGCUCAAGGGCAUAUAUGCCACCAAGUGCUAUAUAGAUGGCUUCGACAAGUCGAAGAAUUUUGCCGCUUUGGAACAUUACAUUGUCCACAAGAGCGGUGUCCUGUGCGACGUUAGGGAGGGCCCAGAGCCCGAUACGCGUAUCAUCACUAUCCCCAAUCUGCAGACCAUACUGAAAACACAAAUUGCCUAAUUAAACGCGAGUUUCGACCAAUUUACUGACAACAUGGAUCGCAUUCCUUCUGUUUUAUAUAACUAAGUGUACACCAAAGUGUGUUUCGAAAAAAUAUUUUGAUAAUCAUUCGUUUUCCUUGUAAAAGUUUCCUAUAAGAUAAUUUCUAGGGGGCCAUAUGAGAUUAUAUAAUACAUAUUUAGUUCACAUUUACUAACAAUUCACAAUU